AUGGCUUCAAACUAUACUAACCAACAGAAGACGUCAUCUUCGAAUAACAAUCGAUCAGGUUUUCUUGGUAAAACUGGCACUGAUGAAGCACCAUUGGACCGAACAUUUUAUAAUAUGCUAAACGUUUCAUCAACAGCAAAUGGAACAGAAAUCAAACGAGCUUAUUAUACACUUUCAUUACAAUAUCAUCCUGAUCGAACGCAAAAUCUUGAUGAAUUUACGCGACGUGAAUACGCCGAACGGUUUAAACUUAUUUCGCAAGCAUAUUCUAUUUUAAGCGAUCCAGAAAAACGAACGCUCUAUAACAGGUAUGGUAAAGAUGAGUAUUUGAUGAAUAAUGAUACAAUGAAUAUGUCGUUCGAAGAUUUCGAUACUGAGGAAUUCUUUCAAACAAUGUUCGGUGGUGAACAAUUUCAUGAUAUUAUUGGCGAUUUCCAAUUAGCCAAAACAUUCAAACAUACGAUCAGCCAACUACUGAAAGAUGAAGAUCAAACACCUGAACAAAGAGACGAACAGAAACGGCAACAUUUGUUAUUUACUGAAGAAUGUUUCAAAGAUCGAGAGGAACGCGUGAAACACUUAUCGAACAAUCUAAUAUUAAAAUUAUCUGUCUUCACUGAUAACGAUCACUCUACGAAUAAAGAAGAUGCAUCCCGUCAAGCAUUGGAACAUUUUCUGGAAGUCAAUCGUGCGGAUAUGCUAAAUUUAUUACAAGCACCACAUGGUGAACAAUUAUUGCACUGCAUUGGCUACGUUUAUUCGUUCAAAGCACGAUUUUGGUUAAGUAAAAUGAACUCGCAAGAAGGUCAUAUCGUUAAACGUUUCUUGGGUUACGGUAGACAUGCUCAUUCUGCAUGGAAAGAUCGUGUUCAUACAGUAAGAGAAGCAGUUAAAACUGUGAAGUGCGUUGUUCAAUUAGGACAAUCAAUGUCGAAGUUAGAACAAAUUGAACAUGAAGAAUUAGCUAUUUCAGAGAAUGCAGAUGAUUCUCAAUAUCCAUUCCGACAUCAUUCAGGUCAUUUAGAAUAUAGCGGAUAUACACCAUCUGUGUCAGUGCAAGAGAAGCCCGAACGAAGAUCAUCGACACGAUCAGUUGUACCAUUGAGUGAUGAAGCCAAACGUCAACUCGAAGCAAAUGUAGCUGCUAAAUCCAUGGAAACUCUUUGGCAUGUGGUUAAACUCGAAAUUGAGAGUACCGAACGCGAUGUAUGUGAUCGCGUUUUGAAUGAUUUAUCGUGUUCGCGUGAUAUUCGUCGGUCUCGCUGUAUUGCUCUUUCCAAAUUAGGGCAAUUGUGGCAACAAGCUUCUCUUACAGAUUUAUCAUAA